AGUUGUAGGCCUCUGCUUCCUGACCAAUCUACAGAAUAGGCUCCGCCUUCUUUCAAAUUUUGGAAAGCAGUGAGAGUGAGGGAUUACGGUACACACAAUGAACACUUCGACGAGUGCAUUCGAUUUUGGCUCGUCGACAGCUUCAUCAGCUGCCACGUCGACAACAUCUUCACAACCAGAUGCCAAUGAUCAUUUAUCGAGACUUGCCGCCAUGACGCAAGGAGUUGGAAAAGAAGAUCCAGAAACAUCAUCAACUCCAUCCACAGAAGCCAGUCUUUACCCAGUCUCGGCUGCGUACAUGCAGAGCUACGGCUGGCCACAGAACUACAACUACUUUGGUCAACCAUUGGGCCCUGCCACGUUUCCCGGAUGGCCUCAGUGCUAUCCGAAUACGGCGUGGCCCAACUACGGUGAGUUGUUCGCAUCAUCAAAGAAAGGCCGUCAAACGUAUCAACGCUAUCAAACAUCAGUUCUUGAAGCGAAAUUCCAACAGUCAUCAUACGUGUCAAAGAAACAACGUGAAGAGCUCCGCCUGCAGACUCAAUUGACAGAUCGUCAAAUCAAAAUCUGGUUCCAAAAUCGUCGAAUGAAGGCGAAAAAAGAGAAGCAAAGAGUAGAUGAUCACACGGAACAUACUCCACUUCUACCGGCAAAUCCACCAAAAGGAAUGGGAAUGGAUAUGGAUGAUGAGAAAAAAUGGCAAAUGGCUCAUUGGCCACCAGCAGCUGCACACAAUCCAUAUCAAUACCCGUUGUGUCCACCGUAAUCUGUGAAAAUUGAGAGUGUUAAGAAAUUUAAUAAUUAUUUUGGAAGAUAUGAUUGAUGUAAAUAUAGUUGAAAAUAGUUUCACUAUUUAGGAUUUAGGAUUAUAUUUUACAAAAAAAGAAAAAUUCAGAUUUAAUUCAGUUAUCAUUAUAAGCCAACUUCGAAACUAUUUUUCUAUUCGGAUUGUGAAUAUUAGGGUAAUUAAAUAAUUGGAAAUUCUUGGAAUUUCAGUAACUGAACUUAUUUUUCAAAUCAAUUUUUCAUGUCUUCCAAACAUAAUAUUAUUUAACACAAAAAUCAAUUGUUUUCAUAUUUCUCAAGUUUCUCAAUGAUCCCUCCUCUAAUAUCUAAACUCCCAAACGAUGCUCCGAUAUAUCGGUGGAUCAAAUAAGGUUUUUUCUUCAAAAAAUGCGGUGUUUCUUCCCUAUGUUUCUUUUAUUCAAUUGUUCACAACACCUAGGGUCAACUUUUAAAAUACCUUCUUACCCACUACGGGUCGUCUGAUUUCCCUUAAAAUCUGAAAACUUCCUUCGGAUUUUUGUUCAUUUUAUUUUUCCCAAGUUAUCUUUUAUCAAUUCUUCUUUUCCCAAAUGUCCCCAUAUUAAAUUGUUUGUCCUGUGAGACUCCACGGUUCUUUUUUUUUUCAAAUUUAUUGAUUUAGAAAUUUCAUUUUUCCUUCUCUCUCUCUGUGGUCUUCUAGUCUCCUCUUCCAAUCUUCUCCCAUCAUUUCCCAUUUUUAAUUUGUUUUUUGUUGGAAUUUACCAAACAUUUCUCCGUUCAAAAUACAAUGAAUGACAUUUUC